GGCCCCGCCCCGCCCCGGCUCCCGGUCAGGGCCGUCCGCCCGCUGGCCCUUCCGCUUCACUCAGGCACGCGCGGAGCGGGACGGGCGCGGGCCAUGGAGCGGACAGCAAGCAAGGAGCUCACCCUGGCGCCGCUGCAGGACUGGGGCGAGGAGACCGAGGAGGGCGCGGUGUACAGCGUGUCCCUGCGGCGGCAGCUCAGUCAGCGCUGGAGCCCGGGGGGAGCGCCUGGGGGCUGCCAGGCCACCAGUCCCUCUGCAGACGCCUUCCUCCAUUACCGCACGAGCAAGGUGCGGGCGCUGAGGGCGGCGCGGCUGGAUCGGCUGGUGCGGGAGCUGGUGUCUGGAGACCGUGAGCAGGACCCGGGCUUUGUGCCUGCCUUUCUGGCCACCCACCGAGCUUUUGUGCCUACCGCCCGCGUGCUGGGCCUUCUCCUGCCACCGCAGCCGCCGCCCCUGCCGCCGGGGGCUCUUCCCAGGGUAGAGAUCAAGAAGACUGAAGGACAAGAUCUGAGCUUCAACAAGAACCUAAGGGCUGUGGUAUCGGUGCUGGGCUCCUGGCUUCGGGACCACCCUCAGGAUUUCCACGAUCCCCCUGCUCACUCGGACCUAGGCAGUAUCUGCACCUUCUUGGGCUGGGCUGCCCCAGCAGGGGCUGAGGCCCAGGAGGCGAAAAAGCUGCUGGGAGAUUUCCUGGAGGAGGAUGAAGGAAAACAGGAAGAACAGCCCCAGACCUGGGCAGGACCUUCUGGAGCUGCCCACACUCCCCUCCCAGAUUUCCCGGAAAGCUGCUCAGAAGAGGAGGAGGAAUUGGUGCCGGAAAGCCCUGAGCUCCUGGACUUCAAUGAAGACGAGGUGGCCGAGCAGCUGACCCUGAUGGACGUGGAGCUCUUCUCGCGCGUGCGGCCUUGCGAGUGCCUGGGCUCGGUGUGGUCACAGCGGGACCGGCCGGGGGCCGCGGGCAUCGUCCCCACCGUUCGCGCCACCGUGACCCAGUUCAACGCAGUGACUAGCUGCGUGCUGGGCUCGGUGCUCGGUGCGCCAGGCCUGGCCGCCCAGCAGAGGGCGCAGCGGCUGGAGAAGUGGAUCCGCAUCGCGCAGCGCUGCCGGGAACUGCGGAACUUCUCCUCCCUGCGCGCCAUCCUGUCCGCCCUGCAGUCUCACCCCAUCUACAGGCUCAAGAGCAGCUGGGGCGCCGUGGGCCGGGAGACCUUAUCCACUUUCAGGAAACUUUCGCAGAUUUUCUCCGAUGAGAACAACCACCUCAGCAGCAGAGAGAUUCUGUCCCAGGAGGAGGUCACCAAAGGUCCCCAACAGGAAGAUGCCCCCCCAGGAAGCCUGCCUUCAGUGAGUGAGAAACUACCCCCAGGCCCUGUCCCCUACCUUGGCACCUUUCUCACGGACCUGGUUAUGCUGGACACUGCCCUGCCGGACACACUGGAGGGAGAUCUUAUCAACUUUGAGAAGAGGAGGAAGGAGUGGGAGAUCCUGGCCCGCAUCCAGCACCUGCAGAGGCGCUGUCGAAACUACUGCCUGAGCCCCUGCCCGCCCAUCCUGGCCGCCCUGCGUGCCCAGCGCCAGCUCAGCGAGGAGCAGAGCUACCGCAUCUCCCGUGUCAUUGAGCCCCCAGCUGCCUCCUGUCCCAGCUCCCCCCGCAUCCGGCGGCGAAUCAGCCUCACCAAGCGCCUCAGUGCGAAGCUGUCCCGAGAGAGAAGCUCAUCCCCUGGUGGGAGUCCCAGAGACCCCUCAUCCCCUACCUCCAGUCUGUCCCCGGGGUCCCCUCCAUCCAGUCCUAGAACCAAGGAUCCUCCUCCUGGCAGUCCCCCGGCUUCUCCAGCACCCCAGAGCCCUAGCGCCAAGCUGCCCCUGAGCCCCGAGGCCUUGUUCUUGAGCAGCCCUCUUGCCCCCCUCCCGGGGCAGCAGGGCUCAGAGGCCCGCGUCAUCCGCGUCAGCGUCAACAACGACCAUGGGAACCUGUAUCGGAGCAUCUUGCUCACUAGUCAGGACAAGGCCCCCAGCGUGGUGCAGCGGGCCCUGCAAAAGCACAACGUGGCCCAGCCCUGGGCUUGUGACUACCAGCUCUUCCAAGUCCUUCCUGGGGACAGGGAGCUCCUGAUUCCUGACAAUGCCAACGUCUUCUAUGCCAUGAGUCCAGCCGCCCCUGGAGAUUUCGUGCUCCGGCAGAAGGAGGGAGCCCGGCACACAACCUCAAGGUCCCCAACCUGAGGGGGCCCUCUCCUCCCUCUAGGACACAGGCCCCUGGGCAUUCUGGGGCACGACUUCUGUCCCCAUGUUGGGGGUGGGGGAGGGGUCUACUUUCCCAAAAGCUCCCAUCCCCCAGGAAGCCCACUUGGCUCCUUAACCUAUGACCUCCCUCAUGAACCAGCUCAUGAACUGGGAGUCAGUCUGGUCUGUUCGAGGCCUGUACCCCACAUUCGCUCUUCAAGAUACAAAUUAAAAACCAAAACCAAAACAACCUAAGAAGCUUCAAGAAAGGGUUUAGGUAACAGAUACUUCCCCAAAGAAGAAAUUCAGAUGGCCAACAGGCACAUGAAAAGAUGCUCCUCAUAGCUAAUUAUCAGGGAAAUGCAAAUUAAAACCACAAUGAGAUAUCACCUCACACCAGUUAGGAUGGCCAACAUAGAAAAGACUACGAACAAUAAAUGCUGGUGACAAUGCGGAGAAAGGGUAACCCUCCUACACUGCUGGUGGGAAUGUAAAUUAGUUCAACCAUUGUGGAAAGCAGUAUGGAGGUUCCUCAAAAAACUAAAAAUAGAAAUACCAUUUGACCCAGGAAUUCCACUCCUAGGAAUUUACCCUAAGAAUGCAGCAGCCCAGUUUGAAAAAGACAGAUGCACCCCUAUGUUUAUCACAGCACCAUUUACAAUAGCCAAGAAAUGGAAGCAACCUAAGUGUCCAUCAGUAGAUGAAUGGAUAAAGAAGAUGUGGUACAUAUACACAAUGGAAUAUUAUUCAGCCAUAAGAAGAAAACAAACCCUACCAUUUGCAACAACAUGGAUGGAACUAGAGGGUAUUAUGCUCAGUGAAAUAAGCCAGGCGGAGAAAGACAAGAACCAAAUGAUUUCACUCAUCUGUGGAGGAUAAGAACAAAGGAAAAAAAACUGAAGGAACAAAACAGCAGCAGACUCACAGAACCCAAAAAUGGACUAAUGGUUACCAAAGGGAAAGGGACUCGGGAGGGUGACUGGAGAAGGGGAAUAAGGGGCAUUACGAAUAGCACACAUAGUGUAGGGGGUUACGGGGAAGGCAGUAUAGCACAGAGAAGACAAGUAGUGACUCUAUAGUCUCUUAUUACGCUGAUGGACAGUGACUGUAAUGGGGUAUGUGGUGGGGACUUGAUAAUGGGGGGAAUCUAGUAACCACAAUUUUGCUCAUGUGAUUGUAUAUUAAUGAUACCAAAAUUAAAAAAAAGAAAGGGUUUAGGUGAGGCAUGACCAGUCACCAGGGUUGGGGGGGGUGCCCUGUCACAUAUAGAGAGUACAGGAUUGCCCAACAUUUUGGGGGUGAGGCCUCUUAUGCCAUGUGUAUGGGAGAGUGAAGAAAUGAGAUUCUGUUGGAUUCAUAGACAACAGCAUCACCCAUGAGUCAAUAUGACUGAGAAGAUGGAAGGAGAGGGUGAGCUGCUUAUCAGUACUUGGGUAGCAAGAAGAAACAGGUAGAGAAGGCAGAGAUGAAGUAAGGUGUUAUGGCCACCUGUGCAGUUGCAACAAUAGCAACAAAAUAAUGUGCCUACUUAUGAACUCCUACUCUGUGCCAGACAUCAACUAGGGGUGUACAUCUCACUGUAUUAAUCAGGAUGCUUUUUGUUACAUGUGGUUAAAAACCCAAUUCAAACAGGCAUGUGCAAGAAAGGAAAUUAAAGGCUCGCCAAUUAAGUUCAGUGGGGCUGGCUUCAGGUACAGUUGGAUCCAGGGACUUGAAAGAUGUCAGGAUCUUGUUGCUGUCUCUUGGCUCUGAUUUGCUCUGAGAAUGAGACUAUCAGUUAUACCCCACAUAAAUCAAAGCACCAUCUUCUGUGGUUAUAAGAACCAUUGACUUUUUAGUUGGCCAUCCAGAGUAAAAGUGACAUUUCCAGUCUCCCUUGCCGCAAAAUGUGGUCAUGUGACUCUUAGCCAAUGAGAUGUAAGCAAAUUCUGGGGCCUGCUCUUAAAGAAGAGCUUGUCCUUCCCUUACCCCUUUUCUGCCUCCUGCUAAUUAGAGUGAAGAGGUGGAGUGGAUCAUAUUGAAUUGGGUGGUUCACAUCCUCUGAAUAACUGAGCAGCAAACUGAAAGGAGCGUGGUCCUCUAAGAGCAGGGGACACCCGUAUUGUAUUGUCUCUUGGAUUGUUACAUAGGAGAUAAAUAAAUGUCUAUCUUAUUUAAGCC